UAAGCACGUGAAGAAGGACAGCGCUAGCGAGAAACAAACCAACCCUGAAAUCCAAAUCCGAAUCCAACCCUCUCCAACGUCACUCUCACCCUCUCUCUGUUUUCUGUCUCUUCUUUCUUUUAUCACACAACAACAUACACACGCCCUCUUCUUCUUCCUUGCAUGGACUAACUCAGAGACUAAACCAUACCAAAAAAAACAACAUGUGUUCCGCAGAGAAGGACGGGAUCAUGCUCUUCGGCGUGCGCCUCUCCGUCGUGGAUAACCACCCCACCUCCUUCAGAAAGAGCGCUAGCAUGACCAACCUUUCUCAGUACGAGUCUCCACCACCGCACGAUCCCAACGCAGGGUAUGCCUCAGACGACGUCGUUCACCCCUCCCGUCACACCCGCGAACGCAAGCGAGGGGUUCCGUGGACGGAGGAAGAGCACAGGUUGUUCCUGCUGGGAUUACAGAACAUCGGUAAAGGAGAUUGGAGAGGGAUUUCUAGAAACUUCGUGAAGACUCGUACGCCUACACAGGUUGCUAGUCAUGCUCAGAAGUACUUCCUCCGCCGUCACACCCAGAACCGCCGCCGCCGGAGAUCUAGUCUCUUUGAUAUCACCACCGACUCGGUGAUGGAACCGUGGCCGGAGAAGGAAGAGGAACAAGUGGUGUUGCCGUCAGCUAGGUCGAAACCGGUUCUGCCGGUGCCUCCGUCGUCGAAGAUGGCUGAGUUGGACUUGAGUGGGAAGUCGCUGUCGCUGAAGCUUCCGGUAUCCAAGCCACCUAUUUCUAAAGAGAAUUUUGGCGGGAUACCAUUAUCGGUGUUGCUUGAAGGUUAAUUAAAUGCGGUCUUGAUUGAAUUUUUGCAUGUAAAAUUGGAAAUAUACUAGUAUUAUUGAAGAGUUGGAAUUUAGAAGAGGGUUAGAGAAUUAUUAAUUAUUGAAAUGUAUGUGUAUAUUUUUCUUUGAUGAGUUUUCUCUUCUUUUUUUUUAAUGAGUAAAUGUAUGUGUAUAUGAAUA